GAGCAACUAUAAAUUAAAAAAUAUGUUAGUAUCAUCGAUUGUGACUAAUUUUAAAGUGAAAAAAUUGACUAAGGAUAUAUGCGGCAAGAUUGGCUAAGAAGAAACAAAAAAAUGCUUUUUAUUUAUUCGAUUUUUAUCUCACGUAUUGCUAAAACUAAUCAGAAAUAGAAUAAACGGUUGUAAAAUGAAGAUACAGUAAAUGCUGUUGGAGCUUAUAGGAUCUAUAUCCGUUAAAAAUUUUGUCAAUAAUGAGAGGAACAAGAACUUGAUGAAUAUGGUAUACAAAAAGUCAAGCAAGCAAAUAAAAGAAUUGACGACGAAAAUGAAGGAAAAACGUGGAACCACUUUAUUAAUCGCUUUAAUACAUAUAAAUGCAUUAAAUCAGCAAUCCUAAAUAUUGCUAAAUUUCCUUUUUGGGUUAAUACAUUAGUUUUUUGGACAAAUUUUUGUUAUUAGUUUUUCACACUCGUCGCACUUAAAAGGAAAAAAAACAAUAAAAUAAUCAACAAUGGGAGACAUGGAAGAUACACAUUUCGAAACCGGAGAUGCAGGAGCAUCAGCAACUUUCCCAAUGCAGUGCUCAGCAUUGCGUAAAAACGGAUUUGUCAUGUUAAAAGCACGUCCAUGCAAGAUUGUUGAAAUGUCGACCUCAAAAACUGGUAAACAUGGUCACGCUAAGGUUCAUUUAGUUGGUAUUGAUAUUUUCUCUGGCAAAAAGUAUGAAGAUAUUUGCCCAUCCACUCACAACAUGGAUGUUCCACAUGUAAAGCGUGAAGAUUACCAAUUGACUGAUAUUGACGAUGGAUUUUUGGUUUUGAUGAGCGACGGUGGUGAUAUUCGUGAAGAUUUAAAGAUUCCAGAUGGAGAAUUGGGUGUCCAAUUACGUUCAGAAUUCGACAACGGCAAAGAUUUAUUGUGCACUGUCCUUAAAUCCUGUGGAGAAGAAUGUGUCAUUGCAAUUAAAACAAAUACCGCUGCUGAAAAAUAAUUACCUCUAAGCCAGCGAAAUUUCCAGGCUCAGUCCAUUCUAAUAUCGGCGAUUCUACUCUCGUAAUUCUAAUUUUCUUAUUAAUUUCAAAAAUUCGCAUUUUUUUAUUAUAAUAUAUGAAAAAAAUAUUAAAAAAGUUUUUCUUCGCGUCUCAAAGAAAAAAAAAAACAAUCACAAAAAUUUAAAAUAAUUAACAAUUAAAAGUACUUUUUUGCAAAAAGAUGUUUCUAUAUCUAUUCAUCAAAGCGACUCAGAGACAGCCUGGUUUUGUGUUGCUUUAUAUCCAACAACAAUAAUGGAAAAUAAUGUUUAUUCAUAUUCUUCCCUCUGAAAUGAAAUACAUUCACAAAAUAACAACCAUUUAAAGUUAAAUUACAUGCAUAACUAAUUGCAACAUACAAAGAAUUAUAAAAAAAGGAAAAGCCAAUAAAAAUCAGACAUUGAUUUGAAGGGAAAUUUAAAAAUAUGAAAAAUUUUGCAAAAAAAUUCAGAGAUCGAAAUUAGAUGUCGUUGUGCGAAAUAUGGUUUCUGGUUGCUCUUGCGAAGUAUGUAUUUUGCUUUUGUAUGAAAUUUCAUGCUUCACAAGAACGAGCAGAAAUUAUUUUUUUGCAAAUUGAACUCUUUAUCGACCUCUGAAAAAUUCCGAAGAUCACAUUGCAUAAAUCAAAAAAAAAAAUUAAGAAAGAAUAAAUAAUAUUCGAUGUAAUUUUUUUUUGUAUGUCACACUACAAUUUUAUUCUUUAGUUAAUCAGAAGAGAAAUUGUGGACGAAAUUGAUUCUCAUGGACAAAUCUAUAAAUUCAUGAUGAUUCUUUGGCUGUCAAUUUUGUAAAAAUCGUCUGUCCUGAAUUCAUCAAACUAAAUUUUUUAUGAAAAAUCUUUGGAUUGUUGCCUAAUAUUUGAGAUAAAUUUGAUUAUAAAGGAUUAAGGUGAUCCAUGAGAAUGAAAUUCGUUUAGCCUGUGUGUUUUGUUCAUUUUUUAUUCACCCCGUCGAUUGAUUGAUGAUGGAAGGAUUUGUUUUCUUCUUAAACAUUACAAAAAAAUGGAAAUAAAAGAAAGCUUCACGUUUUUUUUCUGU